UAUACAAUAUUUCAAGUAAAUUUUCCUCAGAGAGGAAGUUUUGGAACGUAGCCCAAGAAUAGGGGCCUUUUCUAAUCUCAAUAGUCGUCAAUUUUAACGCUUAAUAUCUUGUUUUGCGAGGCUGAUCGCCGCGGUUUUCUGCUGGAUUCUUUCGUUUUAAGUGAAAACACGUUGACGAGUUUAAUUUCAUUAAAAUCGGAGGUGAAGGAGCUUUUAACAUUUAUCAAUAUCAAUAUAUUAAUAUAAUCUUACAUACUGUGAUUCCAUGUAUAAAACUUAAAAUGCUCAAUGAUGGAAGAAGAAUCUCAAGUGAUAGAACAUUUUUUUGGAGUAUAUUUAUUAUAUUGUAUGAAUCCAAAAUAUAAGGGAAGAACUUAUAUAGGUUAUACUGUGGACCCAAGACGUAGAAUUAAGCAACAUAAUGCUGGUAAGAAGCACGGUGGAGCAUGGAAAACUAGUAACAGAGGACCAUGCACUUCUGCACUUAGAUUCGAAUGGGCUUGGCAACAUCCAGAUGUAAGUAGGCGAUUAAAACACAUUCCUAAGAAGAAGUCAUCGCAGAAAAUACUUGAUUUUCGAUUGAUAGUACUCUCUGAGAUGUUAAAAAUUGGACCUUGGUGUCGUCUACCUUUAACUAUACGAUGGUUGGACUAUCAAUUUUCAAAAAAUUAUUACGAACAUAUAUCUCCACCGUUACACAUGCCCAUAUGCUAUAGCAAAGUCACUAGUUGUAAAGUUAAACAAACACAAAAAACAAAUGAAGAUAAUAUUCUAUCACAAGAAUCACAAUUGCCAAAAAAAUCAUUAAUGUUUUGUUCUCUUUGCGACUCGAAUAUAAUAGAGAAAGAUUCUGUCACUUGUGUAAAACCAAAGUGCCUUUUGAUUGUUCACUUAAUCUGUUUAGCAAAAGAAUUUUGUAAAGAUGAUAUGAUCUUACCAAUCGAAGGUAUUUGCCCUAUGUGCAAGUCUAAUGUCCUCUGGGGAGAUCUUAUAAAAAAAAAGAACGGUUGUUAUCAAGAUCUUGAAGAAAUUGAUAUUAAUUUUUCCAAUAAUGAUAUUUAGUCAAAUAAAUAAGAUCUUAUAAUUAUCUAAAAUAUAAUAAAUACGAAUUUUUACCUUGUACUUUAAAUCAACAAUCUAAGUUAUCACACCUUUCGCGCGCGCGCGCACACGCACGCACGCACGCACGCACGCACGCACGCACGCAUAGUGCAUAAUC